AUCUCAUUGGGGCCACCCUGCUGCGGCUUCUUUCUCUGAGGUUUCACGUUGGUAUCUUCAUCAUUGUCGACGCCAUCCUCAAAACGGCCUCCCUUCUUUCUCUUCUCACCAGAGUGAGUAAACUUCUUGACCUGUGGGUCGUCAAUCAGCUUAAGCAAUGCCGACAUCAAGUUGCGUCACUGUAUCUCUUGGAAACAAGCGCCUACCCUAGAGAGCAUCAACAACUCAAGGAAUUAAGGGAGGCCAGUGUUGAAAAGUACCAGCACCGGAGUGUUAUGAAUGUGCCUGCGGACGAAGCUCAGUUUCUGUCGAUGAUUUUGAAAAUGAUGAAUGCGAAGAAAACCAUAGAAGUCGGAGUUUUUACCGGCUACUCACUUUUGGCUACGGCUCUUGCUCUCCCUAUCGAUGCCAAAGCUGGUGUCCAACAUAAAGUGCACUUCAUUGCUUCAGAUGCCACGUCAGCCAUGAAGGAAAUUCUUGAUAAUGGAGAAGAAGGAACAUUUGAUUUUGCAUUCGUUGAUGCUGACAAAGAGAGCUAUAUAAAGUACCACGACGAGCUGUUGAAACUAGUGAGAGUUGGAGGAAUUAUAGGAUACGACAACACCCUGUGGUCCGGGACAGUGGCAUUGGCUGAUGAAGAUUUGAGCCAAGAGUGGAAGGACCGCAUUGGCAUCAAUCGAAUUCUGCUAAGGAGUUUCAACGCUUUCUUGGCCUCAGAUUCCCGAAUUGAACAGAUCAACGACUCCCAAGGAAGCCUCCUAGCCGGAUGUAGGGAGGUCGACCAUAGGACCCCCGACAUCAUCUUCUACUUCUUUUUCGGAGCUAGUGGGACCAGCCUCUGCAUCAUGUGUCCCAUUGACAACCCCAUAAUGAUCGACCUCAUCGUCUGA